AUGGACGGGGCUCUCACCUUGGACGGGCUUGAGACCGCAGCCAAGGUCUUUUGCGCCCGUGAUGGCGAGAUGUCUCCGAUGCUCAUUGCACGCAACGUGCCGCUGGUAGCGUGGCUCGACGACGAGACGCUGCACGGCCGGCAGUUCCGCGUCGUUUUCGGUGCCACGUUUGAUGGUGAUCCUCGGGAUCCAGCGACGCUGGCUACGAUAUUCAUCGUCCGACGUACGCUCAGUCGCGCGCAGGCGCAGUCUUUAGGUGAUACGAUGGAUGAUCUUAGCAUCCAGAAGAUCGACUCUCGCGAUGCGUUCUCCAUCGGACCUUGCGAGGAUCUCACGCUCGAUGGCAAAGGGCGCCAGCCAGACAUUGCGAUCUUUCAGCGCAUUCGUGGGUGGAAGUGCCUCAAGGAUUCGUGCGUGGUGCUGGAGCUCGACUACAAGAACCGAUCUUUUUCCGUCUUGGAGCUAUGGAUCAAGGACUUUAUCAGCCUCGAGACGCGCACGGCUAUCGCCAUCAAGCUUUUGAGAAUCCAGAAAGCGAAGUUGGUCGCUCUGGCGCAGUCGCGCUCAAGUACGUUCUGGGCGGAGGCGGCGCUUCGACGCUCCAAUUUGCUGCGAGCAUUGGCACGGCGCCGCUCACGCCUCAAUCUUUGCACGGGAUGA